AUGGAUCUGGACUCAAUAGCAAUUGCCGAAGGAUCGGCGGGAGAGCUUCCUCGAGACGUUUCUCCGUCUUCCCCGUCAUCCUGCCGCACCUACUCGCUCGACUCCCGCUCAACCGCCUCUACAAAACCUUCGUCAAGGGGGUCCUCGCCUGCCACCAAGAAAGACAUCAACGAUGGUGCUCGGGGGAGAAGCCGACGCACCUCCCAGCCAGUCGGCCCGUCCUGGAAUUAUCUGCUCCACCCGCGAUCCUAUGAAGAAAUCUAUGCGGAGCGAGCAUAUCUCACCGCGUCUCUCCAGGCCUACUCUCUCAGAGCAAUCGACAUGAUUCACCAGUACUCCUUGAUCGAAGAGGAGCUUCAGGCCAGGGACCAUGUUGGCAAAGAGAGGCGAAAGCUCCGGAAGCAGAUGAGCUUCAUCAAGGUGAAGCUGUCCGAGGCGUCACGCCAAGAAAAGGCCAUCGUCCUCAGGCUGAGCGAGCUACACAUGGAGCAGUUGGGGAGGGACGUAUGGGAUCAAGUACAGCGACGCAGGCUGUUCUACUCUAAUUUCCUCCCUCAAAUGGUCAAGUCGCCGUCCAAGAUGCCGGAACAGCCGCUCAGUGCAGACUCCAAGGAGUUUGUGCCAUUGGCCACCCAACGGGGUAGCUCGCCCACCCAUGCACGCCCCUGUGCGUCAGAAGCAGAGUCUAGGACACUUGAUACGGUGCUCGAGGGCAACGAAGGGGAAGAGGAUGAUGGCGAAAGCCUCGACAGGCCUCAGGCUGCCGUGGCUGAAGAAGCCGGAAGCAGAUCAGAGGUAGACUUGCAGGAUGCCGAGUCGCGCAACCAUGUGCUGGAAUACACGUACCGAGGCUGCAAAGAAGCGCCGGAAUCGCAGCUGCGGCCACUGGAUGACAAGCAGAAGGUGUCUGCACGCUCAGAAAGGCGAAAGAGUCUCCCAAACUUGUGCUCCGUAUGGCCCGAAAUGAACGGCCAUGCAUAA